UGAGCUGUUGGCUCAGAAGCAGUAGAAAUACUGUACAGAUCUGCCAGAGGAGCAGGACAUCUACACGGCCGUUCUGUGCGUCCAGACCUGCUUUUAGUCCAUGAGUAUCCUAUUGUGAAGACUCCUCAGAGGAAAGUAUGGUGAGGAAUAUUGAUGAUCUGGAAUUCUGUCUCCCUUCCCAUUCAGACUCUAUUCUGGCAGGUCUACAGUCCCUGAGGUUUAAUCCACAGCUCUCUGAUGUUACGUUGAGAGUUCAAGGACGGGAGUUUCCUUGCCAUCGUGCUGUGCUGGCAUUGUGCAGCCAAUACUUCCAUGCCAUGUUCACUGGGAACUUCCAGGAUAGCAUUUCUGCACAUGUAGAAAUCAAAGAGGUGGACCCAGAGUUCUUGGAAACGUUGAUUAAUUUCUCUUACACUGGUCGCCUGACUAUUAACCAAGGCAAUGUAGAAGGACUUAUUCGUAUCUCCAACCAGCUUAAUUUCCCUGCAGUGCGUAAAGUUUGUAUUCGGUAUUUGCAGCAGCAGAUGGAUGCCACCAAUAGCUUAGGCAUAUGGGAAUUUGGUGAAACCCACGGCUGCUCUGAAGUUACAGCAAAGGCCUGGUCUUUCCUACAAGAGAAUUUUGAGGCUGUAUCUCAAGAGGAAGAAUUUCUACUUUUGCCCCCUGAGCGUCUACUUCGCUACUUAGGGGAUCCUCUGCUACAAGUAAAAGAAGAUCAGAGUCGGGCAAAAGCAGUUCUUCAGUGGGUCAGGCAAGAUGUGGAGAGCAGGGCUCACUUCCUUCCAGAGCUGCUUAGUAUGGCCAGAUUAUCAAGUCUAACUGACCACUACCUGCAAGAACUAAUGGAUGCUGAGCCAUUGAUCAGUGAAUCAGACACAUGCCGGGCAUUGGUCAGCAGGAACAUUGGGCAGGUGACAAAGGGCCAUAGUGAGCAGACAUCAGUAUCUCUUCAGCAAGUGUUGGCGGUGGUAGGAGGAAAGGUUUUGGAGGACGAGGAAGAUGAGGAUGAAAAUGAAGAUGAAUCUUCUAGAACACCUCCAAACUUUGCUUAUUACAAUCCCAAAACCAAAAUGUGGAUGUCACUUCCAGACUUCCCUGAUUAUAAUAAAUGGGGAUUCUCGGUCACUUCACUGAAUAAUGAUGUCUAUGUCACAGGUGGUUCUCGAGGUUCUCAAGAUGAUUCUUGGUCCACACGUCAAGGAUGGCGCUUUGUACUGAAUGAAGGGAUAUGGAAACAAUUAUCACCUAUGAUUCAUCCACGAACCAAUCAUGCCAGUGCUUCUCUGAAUGGGGAAAUAUAUGUCAUUGGAGGAACCUUACAGGAGGCAGUGGAAGUAGAGUGUUAUGACCCCUACAGUGGAACAUGGUCAUCAGUAAGCCCUGCUCAGAAGUAUGUCAGCAAUUUUAAUGCUGUUGGAUGUGGAGGAAAGCUGUACCUGGUUGGAUCCUGUGCCGUAAAGUACAAUGCAUUGACACUUCAGUGCUACAAUCCAUCUACAGACAGUUGGUGUGUCAUUGCAUCUCCAUUUAUCCCCAAGUACCUGUCCUCACCUCGAUGCUGUGCCCUGGAAGGAGCUGUGUAUCUUAUUGCUGAUAACACCAAAAAGGUGUAUAUGUAUCUUCCAGAAGUAAAUUUGUGGAAAAAGGUGCAGCUAUUGCAUACUCUUCAUGAAAAUGGAGGCAUGACCACUGUUGGUUCUAGGAUCUAUGUGACAGGUGGUCAUUGGCAUGGCAUGGCUCGAGAGUACAGUGUGGUAAUGGAGUCAUACGACAGCAGUUCAGAUACUUGGACUCGAAACGGUGCUUUGCCAAACCGUUGGAUGUACCACGGUACAUCUGCCAUCUUUAUGGACACCUCAAGUUGGACAAGUGUGUUCCAAGGACAAACAGAAAUGGAAGUUUGAUUGGAUGCUACCAAAAAUUAUUGGCAAAGCCAACACACGUAUUAUUACCGUAAAUGUGCAAACAAAGUGGCACAUUUUUUUUAUUAAUAAACCCCUAAGCUGCUGUGGAUCCGGCGGAGUUACGAAAACACAUCGGCCUCUCCAUAACUCUGGCAGAUCCUGCACCAGUUCUAAAUGUAAGACAGCUUCCUAGCUGUCUUACAUUUAGACCUUUUUCUACGCCUCCCGGCCCGUCCCCUUGUCCUCCAAGCCCCGUUUUUUAAACCUGGCGUGAGCUGGGAGAAGUCGCAGAUUGUGGCACAACUAUCAGUUGCGCCCCAAUCUGUGCCUGAAAUACGACUAAUUCAAGCGUAUUUCAGCAUGAUAAAUGACCCCAAAGUUUUUAAGAAUAGCUAUAGAAUUAAAAAAUCUGACAAAGAAUGGUAUUUGACAAUAUACAUUUGCUUACAAGUUUGCAAUUUUUUUAUACAAAUAUAUACAAUCUGGUGAAUAUUCCAUUUUUACUGUUUGAAGCUUGGUCCAUGUUGAUAUGUUGAAUUUUUUCUAUGUUUUAACUUUUAUAACUUUAGUCUAGUGUGAUGCACACAUUGACUUACAUAUGGCUGAUAUGACUCUAUGGUUAUUAUUACAUCAAGAUAAAAAAAAA